UUCCGCUGUAGAGGAUAGUCCUGCUUAGCGUAGACAGUAGUUUUGGACAAGAAUAUGAGUUAGCUUACUAAGUUUAUUGGUUUUCGGAGCACGCAAUUGUGCGAUCACCAGUACAUACCCCAGUUGUCUCCCUUUGAACGAGAUUAUUGGUUUAACGUUAUGGUUUUAAUUGGGGGGGCAACAACAGUAACUAGGUAGGCUAGCUAGUAGUUAGCUACUGUUGUAAAAUGUAACGCGUUAGGACAAUGAAUUCGGCAAUAGGGGGUUUUGUUAGAUCGAAAAUAACUUAACUGUUUCAGCUCUAAUUUAUUAUUCAUUUAAUUUUACCUCUCUUAAAACAACUUCAUGCCUUACUUUUGCUGAAACACCAGAGUAGACGUCAUAAAACAAGUAUUUCAGCAAAUAAGUCUCUUCGGAUGGUGAAAUCCGCAGUUUUUGCCCGAGGAAAUGUUAUUUGACAUUGGAGCUGCAGUCUGCAUACAAAAUACGUUGAGUAUGCUUUACCAGCUGAAGCAUGUCUUAUUGUGAUUUCACAACCGUUGACAGGUGUGAAGCAAUUAACUGUCCUAGCUGAACACUAGCAGGGCCUACGUUUUGGGUGAAUUGUACUCCAGCGUGAUGUCCCCGAACCCCACUGUUGUCAACAGCCACAACAACAGUCCUGGGAACUCAGGCUCCCAAUAUGCCCUGUGUGCCCUGGGGGUGGGGCUGGUGGCCCUGGGCAUUGUCAUGAUCGUGUGGAGCGUGGUGCCCGCCGACAUGGCCGGGAACAGCAGCAGUGGCACCGGAGGAGGGAACUCAAAACCGGACAACCGGGGGAAGGCUUCAUCAGUUGCCUUUGUUCUGGCCGGGGCUGGGGUGGCCAUGCUGUUGCUGUCCCUGUGCCUAGGGAUGAGGAACAAGCAGAGGGAGCGGCAGGCACUCUUAGAAGGGCAGACUCCGGGGGCGGGCAACAUAACUGCUAGUGUGGAGGAUGCCGAGACGGCUGAGGAGCAGGCCCAGAGGUACAACGUGCCCAGCUACGAGGAGGCGGUAGGCAGCGGUCAGUACCCCAUACGCCAGAGCAACCUGCGUCACAGCGCCUCCCAGCUGCCCUCAUAUGAUGACCUGGUGGACGGGGUGCAAAUAGACAUGGAAGGAUGUGACUUCACAGCUCCUGAUUCAACCAACCCCGCUUCCUCUGCUGCUGCUGCAGCUGUUCCACCUAACCGCUGGGCUGCGCGCACGGGCCUCAAGCUCCUUCCGCUUAAGAUCCGGAGGAUUAAAUCGGAGAAGCACCAUAUGAACAGCACAGAAAACUCCCUGCCGCCGGAAGGGAUCAGUAUUGAGCCUCUCACUCCGCCACCAAUGUAUGAGGACAAGGUGCCCCAGCUGUGAGGCCUGGCAGUGCUGUGGUGGAUGAUGAAGAUGCCCUUGUCGUGUAUCUGUGGCUAAAUGACUGGCUGACCUGAAGAUCAGUGAGCAGUGAACUUCUGUAUGUGUUGCUGUGGGAUUUGACUGAAACUUUGGGUUAACACUAAUAUUGACGGUGGUUAGGGACGACUUGAACGUGAUUCCAGGGACAGUAAAGCGUGUAGGGACAUUGAAGCUUGUUCUAAGGGUUAGUCUGUUUAGGAAAAGUGCCCUGCUUUAAUGUCUUAGAUGGCCUGCUAUUACUUUAUGACUAAUGGGUAUUUCAGGUCAAUUAUCAUUUCUAUGCUGUUCCUGAGAUUAUUUCUCAUGUCAGCCAUGGUGUGUGGAGGUAUCAGUUUUAUUACUAAUGUGCUCCUUGCAUUAUGGGAGAGGUGUUAUAUCCGUUGACUGAAUUAAAGGCCACCAUACUCUGUGAUGCAGAUUGUUUCCGGUGUUGCUUGUCUAGAAAUAAAGACAGACUGAGACUGACUCAUGGAUUGCUAAAAGCCUUUGCCCUGUAGCCAUAGUGAAGUGGGGUUGGGCCCUGGCAGUAGUGUAGACGUGCAUGUUUCCUUGGCUCAAGUACAACACAAGGACCUUUCUCUGAGCAGCUGUGUUAAGGGGACCCACUGCUCUCUUACUCGUCAUUGUUGAACUAUGCAACACUGGCUCUUUGACUGGUGGCACUGAAUAUUAAGAAAAUGAACUUCUGUUAUCGGGUGUUUCAUCCCAUUUUUGUUAACUAGAGCAAUAAGACCGUGGUGCCUUUUACUGUAUCUCUCUAGUAUUGUUGUUUCAUGCUUAUGGGACUAUGGAAAUAACAGGAUCCGUGCAGUAUUUGGAAUUCCGGAAUGUUCUUUUUGUACUAAUAAUUUUCUUCUGAUUUGAUGGCUCAUGGGUUAAGCUGUUCAGCAACUAUGCAGUACCCUAACUGUACACAUUGGCCUUCUUCACAUAAGUGAACAGUUACUUAAAUGUCAUGUGCUUACAGAACACAGGACUUUUGAAGAAACAUUUAAUUCCUGAAUGACUAGUUUGCAUGUUUAGUUUUAGAUGCAUUUUGACUGCUCUGAAGAAAGUUUGUUUAUACUGUACUGUUGAAAUAAUUUGUAGUUGUCAUUCCUAUACAGGGCUCUAUGCACCUCUGCCUGUGUGGGACAUUCUGUGGCUUCUUACCACCAUGUUUUAUUCUUAUACUUUAACCUGUAAGCAGUCUAUGGUCAUAUGGUGUGUCAGUGGUUUAUGCUUUAGUUUAGCUCAUUUCCAAAUGCCAACCUUUCAACCUAUCAUUUGUGGCAUAACUCCCAGUCAGGUCCAUAGACUGGUAGUAUCAUGUUUUUGUGCAUCCAGAUUGUCCAAAAGUAUCUGGAAUUGAUUGUGGAUCUGAUUAAGGCACUUACAGAUUAUUUAUAUAAUAAUAUUGAGAGAAAUGUUACAAAAUCAUUGAUAUUGUACUUUUUUGCAUAUGUUCAAAUAAUCUAUUAGGUUCUUUGUUGAACUUCAAAAUACAUUUCAAAUACUUUUGUGAAUUGACAAAUGUUAAAUAUCUUCCUUUGUUUUUGCAUAUCCAUCAGUAAUGUCACCACCAAAAAUAAGUGGAAAAUAUUCAAAACACACUGUUUUAUAAUAGAAAACCAUGCUCAAAGUUCUUCCAUUAACAGAUUCAUUAACAGAUUAUGGCACUUAAAAAUAGCAUUUAUAACUUUUGUCAUAUCCUAUUACCUAACAUAAUUUGUACCAUGAACUGAAUGAUGGAUGUGUAUGCCUAAAAAAACAUUUCCAUUGUAUUGUAAAAUGAUUGUAUAAGAUGAGGUCUGUCUAAUACAUAUGUUGACUUCAAGAGAAGUUCAGAAUUUCAAUAUCCUGAGAAAUAAAAUAAAAUAUAUAUUCUGAUCAAAUAAUUUUAUUGUAACAUGUUCCUGGGACUUCAUAAUGGUUUUUAGAAACCAAACAAACGUGUGUCUGGGAAAUCAUUAACCAUACCAAUUGCUAUGAUGGAUUUUGUUGAGAUAAUGUAGGUGCUGUUUAGCCAAGUCAAAGAUCUUUUUGUGCUGUUUUAGGAAGACAAAAUGCUGAUUGAGGAAACGAAGCAUGAGAAUGUAAUCUUCAGUGGUCUUAAGGUCAUUCUCUGUGUAAACUACUUGUUGAACUAUUUGACUUUCAAAAUGUUCCAUAAAACUGUGUUUGUCAUUGUUGAUAGACCACAGUAUUGUUUAAUAGAGUAUUUACUGCUGACUUCUGCAGACAAGCCUAUAGGCAAAGUUGUACGACAACAGAAAGUUAUUUAUUAAACAGUAAAGGGAAUGUGUUUGUAGCAUGGUUUGAAUUGACUUCAGGAGACUACAUGCUGUCAAAAGGCAAUGUCCUUGAGGCUACAUGCUGUCAUGGACAUUGUAAUAUACAAGAAAACAGCAUUAUAAU